UGUGAGUUACUGUAUAUAAUAUACCAAAAAUCUGUAAAGAAAGACCAGAGGGGAAAUGGCGAAAUCAACAAAAAUCCACCCAAGCGACGAUCAUCCAUCAUCAGCAGGAGGAGGAGGAGGAGGAUCAGAAAAUGAUGAUCCAAGUUCAUAUUCAUUGGAGAAAUUCAAACUGUACGAAACAAGGGCCAGGUAUUACCUGAUUGGGAGUGAUCGAAAUAAGCGAUAUUUCCGUGUAUUGAAAAUAGAUAGAAUGGAAGCAUCUGAAUUGAAUAUAAGCCAAGACCCUGUUGUAUAUCCACCUCAAGAAGUCAAAUCCCUUCUUCAACGGAUCGCCGAAGGAAACCGUGCCACUGGCGGUUGUUCUUUUGUCAAUAAAGUUUACGGCAUCGCUGGUUGCAUUAGGUUUUUGGAGUCGUAUUAUUUGAUAUUGGUUACGAAGCGUAAGCAAAUUGGGAGUAUAUGUGGUCAUGCAAUUUACAGCAUUGAAGAUAGUCAAAUUCUUACAAUUCCACAUGUUUCGGUUCAGACUGAUGUUGCUCAUUCUAAAACCGAAUUGAGGUAUAAGAAGCUGUUAUCCAGUGUGGAUUUGAGAAAAGAUUUUUACUAUAGUUACACAUAUCCUAUUAUGCGAAGUUUACAGAAAAAUGUUUUAUCAAACGGCAGUGAAGGGAUGCCAUAUGAUGACAUUUUUGUGUGGAAUGCUUUUUUAACACAACCAAUUCGAUCACGAUGCCAUAACACUAUCUGGACAAUUGCUUUGGUUCAUGGAAACUUCAAGCAGGUGCGCCUAUCAGUCUUUGGAAAAGACUUCAGUAUUGCACUGUUAUCUAAACGAUCUCGUCACUUUGCUGGGACACGUUACCUGAAACGGGGAGUAAAUGAUCGGGGUAGGGUUGCAAAUGAUGUUGAAACAGAGCAAAUCGUUCUUGAUGAAGAAGCUGGAUCAUGCAAAGGGAAAAUGAGCUCUGUUGUACAAAUGAGGGGUUCAAUUCCCCUUUUUUGGUCUCAAGAAGCUUCUAGAUUCAGUCCAAAACCUGAUAUCAUAUUGCAAAGAUAUGAUCCUACAUAUGAGGCAACCAAACUUCACUUUGAAGAUCUGGAAAAGAGAUAUGACAAUCCAAUUAUUGUUCUUAAUCUCAUUAAGACUGUGGAGAAAAGGCCACGAGAAAUGAUGUUACGAAGAGAGUUCACGAAUGCGGUUGGGUAUUUAAACCAGAUACUUCCACCAGAAAAUCAGCUUAGGUUUAUACACUGGGAUUUCCACAAAUUUGCAAAGAGUAAGUCUGCCAACGUCUUGGGAGUUUUGGGUGGUGUUGCCGGUGAAGCACUGGAUUUGACAGGGUUCUAUUAUAGUGGAAAGCCAGCUGUCAUUAAGAAAAAAUCCAUCCCACUCAGUCGGACAGGCACUGCAAGGGAAGCUUCUCUCAAGGAUCUGAGAACUGCUUCAGGGGAUCUGACAACUGCCACGAGUAAUGCUGAUAUUUCUAAUCACUUGAAGAAACAAGACAGAGAUUUGAAUCAUAGUAAAAUUAUUAAGAAGUAUAACAACAGCAAUAAUGAUCCACAAUUCCAAAGUGGCGUUUUAAGGACUAAUUGCAUUGAUUGCUUAGAUCGUACAAAUGUUGCCCAAUAUGCAUAUGGUUUAGCAGCCUUAGGUCGUCAACUCCAUGCCAUGGGGUUGUCAGAUAAUCCCAAGUUGGAUGUUGAUAGUAGUAUUGCUGCAGCUUUAAUGGAUAUGUACCAAAGUAUGGGUGAUGCUCUUGCACAGCAAUACGGUGGAUCCGCUGCUCACAACACUGUAUUUCCAGAGAGGCAAGGAAAGUGGAAAGCUACAACACAGUCUAGAGAAUUCUUAAAAUCUAUCAAACGCUACUACAGCAAUGCUUAUACAGAUGGUGAAAAACAAGAUGCUAUAAAUUUAUUUUUGGGCUACUUCCAACCACAGGAUGGAAAACCAGCUCUCUGGGAACUUGAUUCCGAUUAUUAUCUUCAUGUCUCUGGGAUAGGGGAUGACCUCGUCCCAGAAGGCUAUUCACCGGCUGAUGCUGAACCUCGCAUGGGGCGUUCUUUGUCACCUAUUGCCGCAUGCAAAGAGGACUUUUCAAAGAUGAAAUUGACAUCAUUUUCUAAACUGAUAGAACGAACUAGUGGUGCAAUAAAGAAUGUAAGGCUUUGUAGUGAACCAGAUCACAAAAGUGGAAAUUCUGGAAUGGCUCCUGAUGCAGUUGAGAUACAACUUAAAAGCCCAAACUGGCUGUUUGGACACAAGAAGUUUGAAGAAACUAAUUCUACAGCAAAAGUUGCGUCAGAUGAAUUAGCCAGGCGAGGGCGUGAAGAUGAGAAGAAAUUUGAUGAUUUAUGUGACCCAAAUUGGAUUUCUUCGCCUACUGAUACUAAUGAAGAGGAUGUAUUUCAAAGAUAUCUUGCGAUGACUUCAAUAGAUGAAGCCAGUGGAUGGUAUGGUGGUACAUUGCUUGCGGAGCAAGAUGAAACCACUGAGGUUUAUAAACAUUAUGCUCAGUUCUGCCAGAGCCCUGUGAUGGAGCCCUUCCAAAAUGACACCGAUAAAGAGAAGUAUUAUGCUGAGGUUCUUCGUACAGCGGCAGUCGACUGCAUGGAGGAUGCAACUGUGGAAGCAGAUAUGGAAGCAGCCCUGAUGGAAUAUGAGCUAAUUGGGUCUGAUCUUGGGAUUUGCCCCAAGACGUUCAGUGCUUUAGCUGUAGACCCUAGCCAUUUGACAAGAUGGAUGAUCGGAGAAUACAAGGUUAACAAGGUCUAAGAAUACAGUUGACCUUCUUGUACAGAUUGACAUUGUAAACAUGUAAUGACUGUAUAUCAUGAAUUGUCAUUUUUCAUAGAUUGUUUGCCACUGCUGGACAAUUGUUGGCCUUUUGGAUUUUUCAGUUUUCAUAGUAUAUGUAUAUUUUAAUUUUUUUCAUGGAAUUGUCUAUGCAAGCUAAAUUUGUGAUAA